AGUCCUUGAUGGUGCUCGCCCCACCUGGAGAACUACUUCUUCAGCCUGGUUUAAAGGAAGGGAGAAGCAGGUGACCAACAGCCAGCCCCCCAGGCCACCCCCCGGUCAGCAAUGGGAGCGUGCCUUUGCCCCUCGGAGGGUAAGGAGAACGUUCAAGGAUCAGACGGCUCUCUCCAAGCUUCCUGCACUCCUCUAUUCUUCCAUCCUUACAUCAAAGGAUCCCAAGUUAUUAUGGAUAAUUCUUGCUGUAUAGUAAGUAGAAUAGCCACGUUCCAUGAUGGUAUCGUCUUCUCCAACCGGCCCAUAGAGCUUUACGAGAAAGUGACUGUGAAAAUCUUACAAGAAGACCAGAAGUGGCAAGGUGGUCUACGGGUGGGCUUCACCUGGAAAGACCCCUGUCUUCAGUCUCGUGAAUUGCCUCCAUUUGUGUGCCCAGACUUGGUUAAACAAGGGAAGACUUCUGCAUGUGUUUUACCAGAUGAAUAUAUAGCAGAAGAUACCAUUGUCAGCUUCUGGGUGGACAGCCAGGGCUGCGUUUUCUGCAGUAUCAACCUGGAGGCAGAAGGGUUCUUCCUCUUCAAUGGUGUCUCAGUUGAAUCUCCUGUUUGGGCUGUUGUGGACGUUUAUGGGAGAACCAAAGCAGUCCAACUUCUUGAUUCCACCUGCCUGGAGUUCCAGGAAGGAGCUGAAGAAAGCACUGCUGAAGAUUGCAUGGUCUGCUUUGCGUCCAAGGCCAACACCAUGAUGCUCCCGUGCUGUCACGACGGCUUCUGCUCCCGUUGCGCUUUGAAGAUUCUGAACACCAGCGGCCGCUGUCCUCUGUGUCGACAGGCGGUGAAGAAAAUCCUUCUCAUCUCCAUUUUGGCAGAAAGGGACGACCCGCAAAGUGGGUUGGAAAAAUCAAACAGAAUCCACUCCCUGUGGUGACAAAACCUGCGCUAUGCUGGUGCUCCUGAAAUAUGUCAGCCCUAGUAGGAAAGUGCAAGUACUGGAAAGAUGAAGAAAGCAGUUGGAAAGGGGGGGGAAAAAGCGAUGUUGGCUUAGAAGGGAUAGAAGCAAUGAAUGAGGAUGCUGAGUUGGAUAAAUGAGCUGAUUGCAGGAGGUCUGGAACCGCUGGAGAUGCACGAAAGCCACAGCCAGGAUAUGAGAGAGAGUAGCAUCAAAAACCUCUUCAUUCUUAAAAAGAUCACUCCCCUUGCAAGCUGGCGUGAGAUUGACAGCUUUAAAAUUUAGUUUCAGGACUUUCAAGACAGGGGAAACACCAGCAUUGUCUGGUCUCGGGGCAACAAGAAUAAUGAAGGGCUUGUGGAAAAUUCCCAAGGCAGCUCAAGCCAUAGGAAAAUGUUGUUAGCUAUGCCUUGCCAAGUAACUCUUUCCCGUGCAAAAUACAAUUCAUGAGUUAACCAAAGCCUUUGGGAACCUGCUUAAAAGGAUAUAAAUUGCUACCCGUCUUGGCUUCUUUGUAAUGUUGAUGUUUCCUGAGAAUGAGAGAAUUAUCUUUCAGAAAACAAAAGCUUAUUCAGGAAAGUAGAUGUGGCCUUUUGGAAGAGGGGGACAUGAACAGACUUGUAAAUAAAUAGCAGUACAAGAAUGAACAGUAGAAUUCCGCACUGAAGGAGUCACAAGAGGGAGCGAAGCAGCAUCGAGAGUUCAAGGCAAAAGGAUCUGCCGUUGUUUCUCCUGCUCUGUGGGAUGGGAAAUCCCCUUGCAGGAAGCAUCUGAAGAUCUAGGCCUUCAAGACUAAAGACAAAGGGAUGAUUUCCUGUGACUUGCUCAAACAUCUCAAAGUUGGUAGGGACGGCAAACCAACGAGUUGAAUGAAUCAUGUUGAGACUUAGGGGAAGAACCUUAUGCAGUCUUAGAUUAAUUUUUGACAGAGGUUUCUUCAUCAGAUGCCCUGUAUUGAGUGAACAAUUUUCGGUUUAUGAAGGUUGCAAAACUGUGCAAGCUUUCUGAUUUCCCAGGACUCUUCAGGCAAGGAUUAAUAAUCCAACAAUCUAUCAUAGCUGGGCCAAUAGCAGGUUAUAGUCGAUAACGGAUUGGGUCCUGGGCCUAUGUGAAAAUCAAAGCUUGCCCAGAAGAACAAAUGGGUCAAUCUGUCAGUCUCCCAUUUUUGGAGAUAUAAAAUUCAUUUAUUAAAAUCAAACAGUUCCAUCUUCUGAAUUAUAGAUUCCUUAAUAGGAGGGUGCGUGGCGGGAAUUGAUAACCUUCCUGCCUUAAAGAAAAAUGGUGAAUGCAGUUGAAUUUGUUUCAAUCUGCUUUUAAAGACACAGGCCAGAACCAAUAAAAACCGCCAAUAAAACAAUGCUUUAAAGAAUUAAGGACAGAAACAAUUGGUAAUUUAAAGUACUCAUUUACUUGUAUUUUAGAGCAGAUUGUACAUUUUCUAAAUGACAAGAGAUCAACAUGUGCCAUCUGUUUCGGUGUUAGUAGUGUUUUUUGGUACUUGCUUCUCUGUAAAAAUUGGUAUGUAUAGAAAGCAUUUGUAAUAAAUUAAGAGAUACCGUC